UACGAGCGCCAUCUAACGGUCCGAACUGAUUCGAGAGUAGUUGGCAUCGAGCGUUGGAGCGAAGCGUAUGCGACUUUUGUUAUAAAAAUGAUGCUUUAUGGGGAAAGCGAAUCGCUGCUUUUUCUAAUUGCCAAUUUGUAAUUUUCGUCCGUGAUGUGAUGAACCGGGAAACUGUUCAGCAAUGAACAGAUUGGGCAAAAGUAACACGGACAGGGAUGUUAACGAUAACACGGAAUGGCACGCUUCCGAAUCUAAGAUGACGGAGGAACGACCCAGGAGUUUCACUUCGGAUUUCUCUCACUUGCUUCUUAAACCUCACGCCAAUCACGUGACUUUCCAGCGCACGUAUCGCGUGGUAUACGUCGGUUCAUCGGUACUUAAUCAGCGGUACAGUCAGCCCAUGCUGCCAUGGAUUAUCUCGGAGAUCAAGCUCUCGUCGUCGACAACGGGGAAGGAGGUGUUCUUAGAAGUUACAGAAUCUUCCUUAAAGGCCGUCGACGUCUACGAGAACAAACUGAUAUUCGAGCAUCGCUUACAAUGCAUUUCCAAAUUCGCUCAAACUGCUCACGAUCACUCGUGCUUCUCCUACUUGACCAAGGAUCUUCCCGAUGAGCCUUUCAUUUGUCACGUGUUCCAAGCUUUCGAAGAAAAUACGGUGUUAGAAUUAUUCACUACAAUAAGAGAGAUGACUAAAGAAUUAGUCCAGCAACAUAAUAUUGUAGCACCUCUGUGUAGGCAAACUAGUAAUCUUGCUCUCGACACUAUUCUUUGUAAUUCUCAGCAGUACGAAGUAUUAUAUGUUGGAAAAAUAAAGGUUUCACACAAGAGAGCCCCUCCGACAUUUAUCGAUGAAGCAGUCGAAAAAUUUNCAGCAGAGAAAGUUGGAACCAUCAUGGUGGAUCACUUUGAAAUUGUCAUUCACAGACAAUUCAAUGUGAUCCACCAUGGUUCUGAUAUAGAAAAUAUGCAAGAAAGAAAUGAAGUAUUUAUGAUGUUAAUUCGGAGGUUAUGUGAACAGAAGCAAUCAAGUCAUACUCAUGUUUCUAAUGGCAGUCAUCCAACAAAAGUAGAUGUUUCACACAAGAGAGCCCCUCCGACAUUUAUCGAUGAAGCAGUCGAAAAAUUUAAAAUAUUUAAGGCUCAACAACAAGAAGGAAGGCAAAGACAUGGAAGUGGAGCAAGCAUUUCUAGUUUGUCUCAUAAUCUUGAUAUGAGUGAAAAAACCAAAGAAGAAGAAUUAGGUCAUGCCAAUUUAAUGAAUAAUAACAACAAAGAAAAUAGAGAAACAAAUAGUUUGUCAGAAAAUGUCUUAAAAUCCAGCGAAGAAUCUUUAAAUAAGGAUGAUAAUAGUGACCAUAGUGAAUAUGUAAAAUCUCCCAUUACACCGACAGAACAAUUUGGAAAUAUCUUGAAUUCGGAACAUUCUUUGAUAACUCAUUCGCAAAGCAUAGAUAAUCCAGUUCGUUCUUCAUUUAUUCACGAUUUAAAAGAACUCGCAGUUUUAAAUUCAAACUCUCAUAUGUUACAACCACCGACAGCUAACUCACUUAUUACUCACACACAAAGUUUGGAUACUCCAAGUAGAACUAUGCUAGUAAACGAUCUUCACGACACUAUCAUUCAUUCUAACAGAGUUAGAUCGUGCAGUGGAGAUGUUCCGAGACCUUCCAAGCAAACUUCGUUGCCAGUUUAUCGAAGCAGAGUAAAUAGUGGCGAGAGUUCGGAUACGCGCCGUUCUCGAGCGGAAACGUUGCCCAUUAUAUCAAAUUCUCGCCAGCCACUUAAUCGAACCAUGCUCUUUCUAAUAGGGCGAUCAGAAUUAUGCUUGAUUGGCAUGGAUAAGAAACAAGCAUUACUUAGUAAAACAUUUAAUGACAUUUCUCAUUGUUCUCAGGGUAUUAAAAAUCCCGAUAAUUUUGGAUUCAUCUGUAGAGAAGGAACGAUGACUUCAGUAGAUUGCUAUGUUGGUUACGUAUUUAAAGGACAAACCGAGAAAUUGGUAGACGAAGUGAUGAAAGCAUUAAAACAGGCAUUUCACAGUGCUCAUCAAACUUUUCAGUAUCAUCAUCAUCAAAAUAACAAGAAUCAAGCAGUUAUCUGUGAAACUUGUCCAAUGCAUUGGUUUCAUAAGUUGUGUGUCGAGUUAGAAGGACUCUCCACUGAAGAAGCCCAACUCAUUAUCAUUAAGCGUUUGCAAAGUCUGCCAGACAAUGAACGGGAAGAUAUAAUGUUAAAGUCUCAGGGUUCUGAUAUAGAAAAUAUGCAAGAAAGAAAUGAAGUAUUUAUGAUGUUAAUUCGGAGGUUAUGUGAACAGAAGCAAUCAAGUCAUACUCACGUUUCUAAUGGCAGUCAUCCAACAAAAGUAGAUUUAUCUCCGUUUGACAUGUCUGAAAAUGUCCCCGACGACAUAUCACCGAGAUUACCUCCUUAUCGAGAAGGAAGUUACGACGCACCCGAUAAUGUGGAAUCGGAAGAUAAUACGAUGCAGCGUCCUCGAAGUUCUACGAUCGGUACUGCCGGAGACGCUCACAAAGAAGUUCGUAGGAAAAUAUCUGUCGGAAAGAAAGUAGAUGACUCUCACGCUUCCCAAACAAAAAGUUCAAUAAGAGAUAUUUUCAAGAAAGUGGGUACUACAGUAAAAACACCACCAAAUAGUGUUAAUAAUUCACCAGAGUUAGAUGGGAAGAAAGGAUCUUGGCGACAAGCUAUUUUUAAUAGAGUACAAACACCAAUAAAGCAAGAAAAUCACGAUAUUCACACUGAUGAAAAUGAUAACGAAGAACUUCAAGAAAAAUCAAAUGUACAAACUAAACGUUCGGCAGCCGCUCUGCGAUCUCUUUGGAAGAAAGCAAUAAUGGAGCAAAUUUUACUUAUUCGAAUGGAAAAAGAAAAUCGAAAAUUACAAAUGAGACAGAGUGCAGUAUCUAGUAAACGAAUGAAAUUAGAUUAUGAAGAAAUAACUCCGUGCUUAAAGGACGCAGUUCAGAAGUGGGAAGGAUUUCUUAAUGAUCCUGAUCGAAUAGUAAUGCGAAUAGACUGGCAGAAACUUCAAGAUUCUGUGAAAAUAGGAAUUCCGAGACAUAAACGAGGAGAAAUUUGGCAGUUUUUGGCAGAACAGCAUUGUCAUCAUUUAAAUGCCAGCAUUAGUAUCAGUGAAGAUAUUGACCUGACUAUGCCCUACGAGGACUUAUUAAAGCAGUUGACGUCACAUCAACAUGCAAUUCUUAUCGAUUUAGGAAGAACCUUCCCUAAUCAUCCUUAUUACAGUCAGCCCCUGGGUCCCGGCCAGUUAGCCCUUUUCAAUUUGCUCAAAGCCUACUCUCUUCUGGAUAGAGAAGUCGGAUAUUGUCAAGGUCUCAGCUUCGUAGCGGGGAUUCUGCUUCUUCACAUGUCGGAGGAGCGAGCCUUUGCCAUGAUGAAGCAUAUUCUUUUCCAUCUUGGAUUCAGGCGACAGUAUAAACCCGAUAUGGUAGCUUUACAGAUCCAAAUGUAUCAGUUAUCCAGACUGGUGCACGAUCACCAGAGGGAUAUUUAUAAUCAUUUCGAAAAGUACGACAUCAAUCCCACUUUGUACGCCGCUCCUUGGUUCCUGACUUUAUACGCCUCCCAGUUUCCCUUGGGUUUCGUGGCUAGACUGUUCGAUUUGAUAUUUCUCCAAGGCAUAGAAGCCGUGUUCAAAGUUGCUCUUGUACUCCUGUCUAGUCACCGAGAACCGUUAUUGCACUGUCACGGUUUCGAAUCCAUAAUGGAGUUCCUCAAAGUAACCAUGCCCUCGAUGGGUAUCAUUCAGAUGGAACGGGUAUUCAAUCAGGUUUUCUCCUUGGAUAUCGGUCGAAAGCUGCAGGCCUACGAAGUGGAGUACCACGUUUUGCAGGAAGAAAUGGUGUACUGCACCGAAAGAGGCAACGUGGGUUACCUUGACAAGUUGGAAGAAUCCAAUCGGAAUCUCAAGAGGCAGAACAUGGAACUGUUGGAGCAACUUCAGGUGGCGCACGGUACCGUAUCCAGUCUGGAAUCUGCUGUAAUGUCACACCAGAGUACAGUGAAGAGGUUAGAGGGUAGAGUUCGGGCUCUAGAGGACGAGAGGGAGGCUUUGAUGCAUAGCGUGAAUAUCAUGAGGAGAAGAUUGGAGAAGCUGGAAACCGCCCAAUUAAGUUCCGAAGCGUCGUCACCUUCCGAAAGUAGAGCACCCUCUCUGGGUGUCAUCAACGCCUACACGGGAGGAGAACGUGAAGAGGAGGCGGCUUUGGCUUCCCUCAUCAAAGGAGCCUCUAAAGAGACCCUAGAAAGUUUACUCUCGGAAGAAGUGGCAAUCGGCGACCGGAAGUCGUGCAGCAGCGGUAGUGACGUCAGCGAGUGCAAUUCCGACAUAGGUAGCAGUCUCUGACGUGUCUAGUUGAAGGGGACGUUCGAAUUGUGUGCCAAAAUAAAAGAGCGAAGCCAGUUCGUCGAAACUAAUCAUUUAUCAGUGCCUUGGAAUCACUAACUCGUGAUAUUUCAUUUCUAGUCAUAGAGGAAACUUUCCGCUUGUUCUAGUAGAAUUUUUUCUACUUUAUUUUUUUGAAUAUUGUAGAAAAAGAGAAGAGCAGAGUUUAGAGCUUCAGAAAAAAAAAACACACACACAAAAAAAAACAGAAAACACAGGAGCGGAUGUUGAGAAAUUAAGAUGUAACUAUCUGUUUCCAAUAAACACCUUCAUAUCUAUUA